CUGGGCCCCUUCUUCCACUCCGCUUCCUUUCUUCUUGGCUUCUCCUGUCUCCCUGUACUGGCUGUUUCUCAAAAUUCUCUCUCUGAUCAGUGCCGUAGACAAUGAGUCUUAGCAUCGUUGACCACCAGUUGCCGGACGACACCCACAACGUCUACGAUGUCACCUUCUUCGGCGACCAGAUCCUCACAACGGUCACCCACUCGCCCCCCUUCGUCGACUCUUGGAUCUCGGAGAUCGUGCGCAUCCACCGCCGCCGCCUCCACAGCCUCAUCGUCGGACUCGACAUAGAAUGGCGGCCCAACAAUCGUUUCUACGACAACCCCGCCGCCACGCUCCAACUCUGCGUCGGCCACCGCUGCCUCAUCUUCCAACUCAUCCACGCGCCCUACAUGCCCCAAUCCCUCAUUGACUUCCUGGGAAACCCCGUCUACACCUUCGUGGGCGUCGGGAUCGACGGUGACGUUGAGAAGCUGACAGAGGAGUACGGUCUGUCGGUGGCCACGACCCUUGACCUCCGGCGAUUGGCGGCGGAGGAGUGCGGAAUGAGGGAGCUUCGCAAUGCCGGGUUGAAAACAUUCGCGAUGCAGGUGCUUGGAAAGGAGAUCGAGAAACCGAGGAGGAUUACGUUGAGCAGGUGGGACAGUGAGUGGCUUAGCGCGGGGCAGGUUCUUGGAGAAGUAUGUGCGGUUGAAUGGCACGGCCCAUGGGUUGGGUUUCUCUGGAUCGAUCGGUGGUGGGUUUUCCUUUCUUCGUCUUCAUCUUCUUCUUUUCAUGUUGGCUCUGCGUUUGAGGAUCGUCGGUGUUGUUUUAUUUAUUUCCUACUUCUGCUUGAUAUAUGUGUAAUGUUUAUAUAUUAUACAUGGAUCAUGGAUGGUUAGGUGUGUAGCAGACUAGCAGUCCUACUAACGGGAGAUUGUGUUCUCUAUUUCUUUUCUUUAGUGUCUUUCCUGAUUUCAUUCGGGUGGGAUCUGUUUGGUCAUACAGCGCUUGUUGGCUGGGCUUUGCAUUUAUAAGAACAUGAUUGUGUUGAGGGCGGAUGCA